GGCCAGAAAAAAAAAAUGAUAAAUUUUUUCCUAAUGGUGAAUAAACAAGGACAGACCCGACUUUCUAAAUACUGUGAACAUGUGGAGAUUAAUAAGCGUACACUUCUUGAAACGGAAAUCAUAAAGAGCUGUCUCUCCUGAUCCAGUGAACAAUGCUCUUUCAUUGAAUUUAAGGAUUUCAAGCUGAUAUAUCGACAGUAUGCAGCUCUCUUCAUUGUGGUUGGAGUUAAUGGCACAGAGAAUGAGAUGGCAAUUUAUGAAUUUAUCCAUAACUUUGUGGAAGUGUUAGAUGAGUACUUCAACCGAGUGAGUGAAUUAGAUAUAAUGUUUAAUUUGGACAAAGUACACAUCAUUUUGGAUGAGAUGAUGUUAAAUGGCUGCAUUGUGGAAACAAAUCGGGCAAGAAUUCUUGCCCCUCUACUCAUCCUUGACAAAAUGUCAGAAAGCUGAAUGAUGGCUCUGCCAGACAAGAGCUACUUGUAAGUGAGAA